AAAAUGCUAUAAAUAUGCGACCGGAAAUGUGGAGCCUUCUCGGAUAAUGCACCAAGAAGCUGGAUGCCAACCGCCGUAAAACAAGAAGAAGAAGGAGCCUUCUCGGUGCAGACAGACUCUUCUCAUCCCGAACACAGCUUCCAGGGUUUCGUUUUGAUUUUCUUGUGUUGGGAGAAAACGUAGCAAUGGAGGCGAUUUACACUCAAGGCGUCUGGAUGGCGGAAAGUCUCCAGGAGAGGACCAGGAGCCAGGAGAAGUUCUGGCUCGUUGUGACUCACAUUGGCGACCCAAAAGCCGCCUUUCUGCUAUUCUUUCCGUUCACAUAUUUCAUCAGCAAACGAGCCGGAGUGACGGUGCUGUGGGUCGCAGCCGUGUCGGAGUGGCUGAACCUGGUGUUUAAAUGGAUGCUGUUUGGAGAAAGACCGUUCUGGUGGAUCGGUGAGUCAGGCCUGUUUGUCAACAAGCAACCCAAAGUUCACCAGGUGUCCUCCACCUGCGAAACCGGCCCAGGAAGUCCAUCAGGACAUACGAUGGUGUCGGCAGCAGUGUGGUGGGUGGUGGUGUCCUCGCUGGGGUCAUUCCUGUACUCCCGGACUCACAGCGUGGUGCUAUCGGCUGCUCCCUACCUGCUCUACGUGGUGAUGCUGGUAGCAGUUGGAAUCUCCAGGAUCUUCAUCCUCGCCCACUUCCCUCACCAGGUCGUCGCUGGAUCCUUUACAGGCCUCGUUCUGGGGAUCGUUCUGAGCCGCAGAGUCCCAGAAGGGCGCCCCCUGCUGUUCUUCUUCUGCCUCAGCAUCGGUCUGCUGCUCGGUGCUCUGAUGCUCUACGCCGGUUUACUGCAGCUGGGAGUGGAUGUCACCUGGUCUAUUGCUUUGGCUAAGAAGUGGUGCAGCCGUGCAGAGUGGAUCCGUUUGGAAACGCUGCCGUUCUCCUCUCUGACUCGGGACUGCGGGGCCCUCCUGGGUCUGGGCUUGGCUCAGUACUGGAAGCCCGGUGGAUGGUCGCUGCCGUGGGCUCCGAGGGCUCUGUCUCUGGCCUUCUCCUCCAUGGGUCUGUACCACGUGAACCGUCUGCCGCUGCCGGUCCAACCGCAGGGCCUCUUCUAUGGACUGUUCUUCGUCAAGUUCGUCAUGGUGCCUCAGAUCGUGAUGGUGCUCGUGCCCGGGCUGGUGCACCUCGUCACGCACAAGAAGAGAAAGGACUAGAGAUGAAUUCCUCCACACGUUAGAGACGUCUUUCACACUUCCAAGAACUGUCGAUUCCCUCUGAGUUUCUGAAAACACUUUAAAAUGUCUCUGAUGUGUUCUGGGGCUGCUGUGACGGAAAGCUUUAUUUAGGUACUCCAUGGUGACGUCUUUGAAUUUUCAUUUGCCUUAAGUGUUGGGACUCUUAUAGAAUUUCAAUGUAGCGUAGUUACAAUAAGUGUUAUUGUAAAUUCUACAGUAUUUUUGCAAAGUUGCAGGCUCAUAGCUGGAGGUUAUUUGUAAGAAAAGUGCCGUCUUAAGGCUGUAUGCAUCAGACAAUGUGAUAUAUUACUGGAAUAAAAGAUGCUUCAAGUGAGAGCUAUCUUUCAGCACAAGAAAAGUUGAGUAAAAUAUAAAUGUUGCACAAUGCCAACCAUCUGUAGGCACUUUAUUGAGAAUGUUUCAAACCUCAGACUUCUGAUAAUGCACUAAAUAUACGUCUGAGAACUUGAACAUUGUCAAUAAAGUGAGAAUGAGUGGUCAAAAUUGUGCCUAUGUUGUUCGAUAAUCUGUUGACACUGUUAUAUUUUGUGGACAAAAAUCAUCCAAAAUGCUACACAAUGGGUAAAAUAAAGGACGGACAUGCAGGGCGUGUUUCAGUUGAUAACCA